UUAAUCCCCAAUCAGAGGUUUGAGUCAUCAAAAUAAAUCUGCAGGAUUUACUCACAGAGUUUAUUAUUGAGCAGCUCAGCUUCAGUUUCCAGGGAUAUGAUAUAUGACACCUUCUGCCCUUUGACUGCUGAUGUGUCUCCUGAUCUCCAAAGCCAAAGCAGAGUCCAAGAUUAGGGCAACAUCUAUUUAAGGGUGUGUUUUUGCAGGUGCUGGUUGGCACAUGACGACUGAAGGUAGGGAUGAUUCAAUGCUGAGAACAAUGUGGAAACUUCACUGGGGAAAGAAAACACUUCUGGUAGGAGAAGUUCAAGUUGACAUGCAUGUAUAAUAACUCCAUCAAUUUCCCCCAUGAGGGGGUAUACACAAGGACGUGCGUGAGCGCGUGCGGAGCUGGGGGAUAUCUCUGAAAGAUGACUUGGAAACCCGACUGCGGUUCUUUGGAGAAGAGGAUUUAAAGGUUUCUGGCCUGCCCGGAAGAGACGCAAGACUGGGAUUUCUUCUGGAUUUUAGGAAGGAUGAGACCCAAGACCGAUGAAUGCAUUCAUUCGGAUAUUGGUGAAUUCAGAGUAGCUUGUGAUCAGAUCCACCCCUCCCCCUGAGGUUUGCGGCGCCGGCACGAAGCAGGAUUCCCCAAGCUCCAUCCCUCGCGGCGAUUCGCUGUCCCAGGAAAUUCUCCUUUCCCAACUCGGGAUCGGUGUUCCUGACGCGCCACCCCGAGACCUCCCUGGCUGCAGGCUUCACCCGCUUCCCGUCUCACUGCCAGUUCGGGCUGCAGCGAGGGGAGAGGGCUUAAGAGCGGGUCAACUCCGGGAAAACUUGGUCGCCAGACAGAACUGGGGUUUUCGGGCUUCCCCGGCCCUCCCACGCCGGGUCACACAGCCAGCCUUAAAGUGGCGCGGCAACUGUCGCUGCUGUCCGCCAGGCAGGUUCUGAGCUGCAGAGACCCCGGCGACCGGCAGCGCCGCUUCAGCACCGAAUGCUCCCGGGACGUGGCCGCCGCCAUCCAGGGGCUCCUGGCGGGGGACAGCGGGUGCCAGGAGACUUUGCGCCACGAUGCUUUGUUUUCCUGCCGCAGGAACGCGAGGCGGUUGCUCUCCACCAGACUUAACCCGCCCGCAGCAAUAGCCAUGGAAGUUGCAGCGGCGGCGCAGAACCAGAGGGGACCCGGUGGCGCGGCAUCUUUUUUGGAUGUUUCUCCUCCUCACGGGCCACUUCUUUCCUCCUUUGGUGGCCGUUCCUGCAGCAGCCCCGCCGGUGUGUCAGCCCAAGAGCACCACUAACGGGCACCAACCCCACCCGGCUCCUCGCCUCUCCAUUUCCUCCCGCGCCACGGUGGUAGCCAGAAUGGAAGGCGCCUCCCAGGGGGGCCUGCAGACCGUCAUGAAGUGGAAGACCGUGGUUGCCAUCUUUGUGGUCGUGGUGGUCUACCUCGUCACGGGAGGUCUCGUCUUCCGGGCACUGGAGCAGCCCUUUGAGAGCAGCCAGAAGAACACCAUCGCCCUGGAGAAGGCGGAAUUCCUGCGGGAUCACAUCUGCGUGAGUCCCCAGGAGCUGGAGACGUUGAUCCAGCACGCCCUUGAUGCUGACAACGCGGGAGUCAGUCCCAUAGGAAACUCCUCCAACAGCAACAGUCACUGGGACCUGGGAAGUGCCUUUUUCUUUGCUGGAACCGUCAUCACCACCAUAGGGUAUGGGAAUAUUGCUCCAAGCACUGAAGGAGGCAAAAUCUUUUGUAUUUUAUAUGCCAUCUUUGGGAUUCCACUCUUUGGUUUCUUAUUGGCUGGAAUUGGAGACCAACUUGGAACCAUCUUUGGGAAAAGCAUUGCAAGAGUGGAGAAGGUCUUUCGAAAAAAGCAAGUGAGUCAGACCAAGAUCCGGGUCAUCUCAACCAUCCUGUUCAUCUUGGCUGGCUGUGUUGUGUUUGUGACGAUCCCUGCUGUCAUUUUUAAAUACAUCGAGGGAUGGACGGCCUUGGAAUCCAUUUAUUUUGUGGUGGUCACUCUGACCACGGUGGGAUUUGGUGAUUUUGUGGCAGGGGGAAACGCUGGCAUCAAUUACCGGGAGUGGUAUAAGCCCCUAGUGUGGUUUUGGAUCCUGGUUGGCCUUGCCUACUUUGCAGCUGUCCUCAGUAUGAUCGGAGACUGGCUGCGGGUUCUAUCCAAAAAGACAAAAGAAGAGGUCGGUGAGAUCAAGGCCCACGCAGCCGAGUGGAAGGCCAACGUGACGGCCGAGUUCCGGGAGACCAGGCGGCGCCUCAGCGUGGAGAUCCACGACAAGCUGCAGCGGGCAGCCACCAUCCGCAGCAUGGAGCGCCGGCGCCUGGGCCUGGACCAGCGGGCCCACUCGCUGGACAUGCUGUCUCCAGAAAAACGCUCCGUCUUCGCCGCCCUGGACGGUGGCCGCUUCAAGGCCUCUUCCCAGGAGAGUAUCAACAACCGGCCCAACAACCUGCGCCUUAAGGGGUCGGAGCAGCUCAAUAAGCACGGACAAGGGGCCUCCGAGGACAACAUCAUCAACAAGUUCGGGUCCACGUCCAAACUCACCAAGAGGAAAAACAAAGACCUCAAAAAGACCUUGCCUGAGGAUGUGCAGAAAAUCUACAAGACCUUCCGGAAUUACUCUCUGGAUGAAGAGAAGAAGGAGGAGGAGACAGAAAAGAUGUGUAACUCGGACAACUCCAGCACAGCCAUGCUGACCGAGUGCAUCCAGCCUCAGGCUGAGCUGGAGAACGGAAUGGUACCCACAGACACCAAAGACAGGGAGCUUGAGAACAACUCGUUACUUGAAGACAGAAACUAAACGUCAAAGAUGUUGGACUUGGACUAAGCAUUGUGUGGUCUUUUUUUUUUUUUUUUAAAUAUUAUAUAUAUAUAUAUAUAUUCACACUGAGACACGUGCCUUAAACAGACUUCUUAUUAGUCCAAAAUUACAUAGCAUUGAAAAAUAUAUUUCACUGUGCCAUAAACGACUGAAAGCUUGCUCUGCCAAAAUGAGUCCAAGAACAAGAGGUUCAUUUCAGAUAGCAGCCGCAGGACACACCGGGGGCUCGCGCUCCUGCACACAGCAAGCAGGUGCACGUGGCAGGCUCCACCACAGGUGGGAAGGUGGAUGCAGUACCACCGUGCAGCACUGCCCUGGCACAACACCUAGACAAGGGCAGCUGUUCCUUAGGCCAGCCUCCGACAGGAACAGUUGUGUCUUUUAGGUUUCCUCAACUUACCAUCCGUGAUAUGUCACACGGUGGUGGCGGGGGCUGUUCGCUGGUGAGCUGGGAACUAACUGCAACUAGGUUUAGAGCUGACGUUUUGGCAUGUGCUCUGAGCUUGAAUUUUGAUACAAACCAUUCCUUGCGUAAUACCUACUCUUUCUGAGCUCCAAAUGAAUGUCCGUGGGACCCGAGAGCACCUGGAAUUUGUUGGAAGUGGAUCAGAGCACACAUAUUAAAAGGUGCAAUUGCUUUUUCUCAUUACAAAAGAAAAAAAAAAAACAACCACAAACCCAUCACACUGUGGAGAUCACCUUAUCCGCUGACAGAAGCCCACUGAGUAGUGUCCUUCUCACAGGGGCCGGUCACCCGAGUGCACCUGGCUGCAUUGGUGGAGACUCAGCCUCAACCACUGCAUGGUUACCAGCGAAUCGUGCGCUUUCCUCAGUGGGUGUGAUGGUGAAAAUGAACUGAUUUUGAGACGUCGACGUUCACUUUUCUAUGGGGUGACUUCAGUGAUAACUCGUUUUGAUAAGAGGGGGGAACAUACCAAAACUAUUGCCUUGCAUGAUGCCAGUGGCUUGCUGUUCUGUCCAGCCGAUUCUCAAUUUUUAUAAAAAUAGACAUCCUGCAUUUCUGAGACGUACCGAAGAGGACCAUGGCAUCUUUCCAUCUCAGGGCUUCUUGUCCCUUUGGGUGUCUUAGGGUAGACAUAGUCUUGAGACCCAAUCUUGCUACUUCCAAACACAAGGAAAAAUAACCCCUCAACCACCCCCUGCUUAGUAAGAUUGAAAUGUUUUAAUUGCUUGCAGUUAAGUGCCAUUAAUGUCAUCUAAAAAGUAAUACUUAAAGGAAACAUUUAAAGUAUUUUGUUCA